AUGCCAGAAUCAACUAGCAAUACCAACUUGGACCUCACAUCCACCGUCGCCCUCGUCACAGGCGGCUCAAACGGCAUCGGCGCUGCCGUGGUCACACGGCUCAACAGCGCAGGCGCAACGGUGAUAAUCGUCGAUCUGGAAUCGACAAAAUCAAGCGCAAAGACCCUCAUUUCCUCACUACCGUCACCAAACAAUGCAGUAUUCAUGCCGGCGAACAUCGCAGACUGGGUGCAGUUACGAAGCGUAUUCAGCGCCGCGCGGACACGGUUUGGCCGCCUGGAUUUCGUCAUUGCGAAUGCGGGGACGAUGGAGCAUCAACCUGUUCUUGAGGAUACCUUUGAUGAGCAGGGGGAGCUGGAGGAGCCGCGGGAUGCGUAUCGGGUGAUCGAUGUGAAUCUCAAGGGGAGUUUGAAUACCCUAAAACUCGCCCUCCACCACCUAAAAUCCUCGUCACCCCUUCCCACCACAUCCCCCCGCAUAUCCCGCUCAAUAACCCUCCUCGCCUCCACAGCGGGCUACUUUGACGGCGCCGGCACAACAGCCUACACAUCCUCGAAACACGGCGUCGUCGGCCUCCUGCGCUCCUCGCAAUCCGAAGCCGCGAAACACCGCAUCCGCGUCAAUGCCAUCGCCCCCUUCUUCACGACAACACAUCUCACCAGUGGGAUCGCCGAGAAGUGGGUUGCCGCGGGGCUCGAGGUGAAUAGUCCCGCGGCGGUUGCGAAGAUCAUUGUGGAUGUUGCGACGGAUGAGAAGAGGAGUGGGGAGGGGGUGUUGGUUGCGGGGAGGUUUGUGCGGGAGUUGGAGAAUUCGAGGAUGGGUGUUUUGGGCGGGUGGGUUGGGGAGGAUGUAAAGGAGUUUAUGGGGAGGGCGGGGGCGUUCUUUGAGAAGAUUGGAGGGUAUGUGUUGCCUGGGCCGAGGUGA